AUGCCGACCACCCAAAACGCGUAUGCGGUUUCCAUGCCGAUGCCACCACCCCCUGCCGACCUGGGCAGCUACGCCCGCACCAUGCACCAGCACACCAAGCGGCAGAUGGAGUCCAUCUCACAAACAUCGACCCCAAGGGGUAGCCAGCACGGCAGCCAGUCUGCGCCGACGGGCCUCCCCGACGGCCCCUCGGGGAGGAGUCGGAAUACCAGUCAAUACAGCUAG